UCAUUUGUUUGCUUUCUCUGCUGCUGCAGAUUUCAUUCCCAAAAAAUCCGAUAUCUGUUAAAGGAUACCCUUUAAAUACCCCUAAAAUCAUAAUUCAGUCGUAGGAAAUGGGGGAAGAAGCAGCAGACCUGAUUCAGAAUUUGAGAUCAGUUGUAUUCAAGGAAUCAGAGAAUUUACAAGGUGUUAACACUAAAAUCAACGGCUACGAUUUCAACCAUGGUGUUAACUACCCACAGCUUCUUAAAUCCUUUGUCUCCACUGGCUUCCAAGCUUCUAAUCUCGGUGAGGCCAUUGACAUCGUUAAUCAAAUGCUAGAAUGGAGGCUCUCUCAUGAGAAAGUAACUGAAGAUUGCAGUGAGGAGGGGAAGAAUCCAACUUACAGAGAGUCUGUUAAAUGCAAGAUCUUCCUUGGCUUUACUUCCAACCUUAUUUCGUCUGGCGUUAGAGAUAUUAUUCGGUAUCUGGUGGAGCAUCAUAUGGUUGAGGUGAUUGUGACAACUACUGGUGGCAUUGAGGAAGAUAUUAUAAAAUGCCUUGCUGAUACUUACUUAGGUGAUUUUUCUCUCCCUGGUGCUGCGUUGAGAUCGAAAGGACUGAAUCGUAUUGGUAACCUGUUGGUGCCUAAUGAGAACUAUUGUAAGUUUGAAGAUUGGAUCAUGCCGGUAUUCGACCAAAUGUUGGAAGAACAAAAGGAAAAGCGUGUGUUAUGGACGCCAUCAAAACUAAUAGCGCGGUUGGGGAAGGAGAUCAACGACGAGAGUUCAUAUCUUUAUUGGGCUUAUAAAAACGAUAUUCCGGUCUUCUGCCCUGGCUUGACAGAUGGGUCUCUUGGAGACAUGUUAUAUUUCCAUUCCUUCCGCAAUAAUCCUGGUCUUGUUGUCGAUGUAGUACAAGAUAUCAGGGCGAUGAACGGUGAGGCUGUGCAUGCAGACCCUAGGAAGACAGGGAUGAUAAUUCUCGGAGGAGGGCUACCAAAACAUCACAUAUGCAAUGCAAAUAUGAUGCGUAAUGGUGCUGAUUAUGCAGUCUUCAUCAACACUGCCCAAGAGUUUGAUGGUAGUGAUUCUGGUGCUCGUCCUGAUGAAGCUGUUUCCUGGGGCAAAAUACGUGCUUCUGCUAAAUCUGUCAAGGUGCAUUGUGAUGCCACAAUUGCAUUCCCGUUACUUGUUGCGGAAACAUUUGCUGCAAAGAAAGAGACAUCAGUUGAGCGGAAACCGGGUUUCUGAAAAAUUCGUGUUGGAGUUGGCUUGGGUGAUUAGCAACAACUCUUAUCUUAUUUAUGUCGAUCAAUUUAUGGUCACUUCACAAGUGUUUUGGUGAGGUCUGGUGAUUGUAUGGUUAUAGUGAGGUCACAUGUCCAAUGAUCUAGGCCAUAACAAUGAUUUCCUUUUGACUGUAUGGUUAUAGUGAGGUCACAUGCCCAAUGAUUUAGGCCAUAAACAAUAAUUUCUUUUUGAUUGUAUGGUUAUAGUGAGGUCACGUGUCCAAAUGUCCGAUGAUAUGUUUGGUAUUUGAUCUUCAAAUUUAUGGUAUCCUUUGUGUGCAUCUAUUUAUUA